AUGUUUCCUGUGCUUGGUGGCGUGUUUCAGAAAUUCGUAGUUCUAAGCAAACAUCCAAAAGUCUCCGAUUUUUUUCCUCCCCCGUCUCUAUAUCUCAUCGACGAUCACGAACACAUCGCCUGCGCUAGGAGGACCCUGCAAGCGCCGAGCCUGUCCAAUACGGUGCGUAAGCUCCUCUCGGACAGCAUCGAGGAAUGUGAGAAGAGGGUCACGGAGAUUGGAUUUCAGCAGGGUGGGGCAGGAGGGUUGCCGGACUACUUCGCGUAUCUUCCGGAGGCACCGGCAACCAAGCCUGUCACGCAGCUCUCUACUGACGCCGGAGUAUCGAUAGGGGCCAGCAGGGCACCAGCGGCAGAGGGAGCGCUCUCAAGUGGGGGAUACGCGAAGGUGGAAGAAGAUGAGAAAAAGGGGACAGCGCACUAACCACGGCGACGGGGUUAGAUGAACAGGGACAGAGGACGGGAUGGGCACAGGCUGGGGCUAAGGAUGAGGCGUUGGCU